AUGAAUGAAUCAAAGCCGCGUACUGCCGAAAUGGCUGCUCUCCAUGACCAGAUGGACGCACUAUGGACCCGCUAUCUGCACUUCUUGGACGAAUACACCUCCACCCAGGAAACGAUAAAGAAGGAAUUGUCAAGCGGCUUCUUCUCGCUGACUCAAGCCAACUUUCAAUCCGCGGGCAGAAGAUAUGGCCAGGACUACUACGAUGACCGAGCCGUCGCAAGCCUGAGAUUCAGAGUGGUAGAAGACGACGAGCACCAGGCCUUGCAAAUCGUCAAAACGUUGUCAGAGAACACGACCGACGAGACUUCAAACUCAACAAAGCCUGAAAAAGAGGGAGAGGCAAUCGAUGCAACCUCGCGUGCCGGAAACAGGCUUAAAGAAGAGCCAACUCAACUUCUUUCGCCAUCGCCCACUCCCGAGCCAGAGACAGCGGUGCCAGGGGACCACAGUGCUCCACCAGACAACAAGACCGAACAUGGUGACAGUGUAUCUCCAGAUGGGAACAGCGAGUCAAAAGUUGACGUGCAUGAUCCUCUCCGCUGGUUCGGUAUUCUGGUACCACCCACUUUGCGCUCCGCCCAGAAAUCUUUCUCGUCCGCUAUCGGGGAUGAGUGUGGCGUCGCAAAGGCUGUCAACGCCGCCCGUGGUCUACGAGAUGCCGAAGUGCAGAUUCGCAAGCUACGAAAAGUGUUGAAGAAAGCGGAGAGGGGUCUGCAGGGGAAUGGGGAGAGAGAUGAAUGA